AUGUUCAUGAGAAUGAAGUUUACAAUCUUCUUCCUCAUGCUGUUCCCAACCGCAUCGCUGUCGCUUUCAAAGCGCAGCUGCAAAACUUUCAAGCUAGCAUCGCCAAAUGACUCCAAAGGCUACUUUAAUAUGGGUGGCGCGACUCGACUCUCUGAACUAGUCAACUGCUCCGCAGAGAGAGCAAAAGAAAAUGGUGACGACAGGGUGCGAGAUGUAGCGUCUCCCAAGACGAUGGAGUACGUCAACUUGGAGGGACUUGUAGUGAUAUCAUACACAAACUCAUUUCUCGUCAUACCCAAAGGCAAGCGUGGGUACUGGAUGUUUGCGGCAGAUAUGAACUGCUGGCCCGGAACACUCGAUGACUGCGAUAAUGAUGAUGAUCUGGACGAUACUGAUGUGGUGGUUUGCGGGUUCAGACUUGAUAGGAAAGGGAGCAGCGAGAGUGAUACAGAGUAUCGUGGCAGGGUUGAGCUAAUGGAGGAUAGUGACCCCAACUCUAGGGUCGAACCUGGUGUUAGGCCAUGGCCAGAUUAUGACAGGGCUGUUGAGAUGGCUGAGGAGUGGGGGAAGAAUGAUGUUCAUGUGGAGGAGUCAUUGGCCACGAGGUUUUACAAUGUGUUCCCGACUCUAGUUUUGUCAUCGCUUGGGUCCUUAUUUACACUGAUUUAA